AUGUCGACCAGCGACUUAGACCAGUUGGUGGAUAUGGGCUUUGACAAAGAGAAGGCCGAGCUCGCAGUAAAGAAGACGGGAGAUCUAUCUGGUGCCAUCGAUUGGCUGGACAAGAACGCAGACAAAUCAAUCGACGAUAUCAAGGCAGAAGAUGCUCAGGCGGCUGAAGACAAGUCAGCUGAAGAUGCCGCUCAAGCCCAGUCUUUAGUCUGCAACGACUGCGGAAAGCAGAUGAGAGGGGUGGCCGAGGCAGAGUUCCACGCAACAAAGUCGGGGCAUGAGAACUUCUCAGAAUCAACCGAGCAGAUCAAACCAUUGACUGAAGAAGAGAAGAAACAGAAGUUGCAGGACUUACGCGAGAAACUUGCUGCUAAGCGAUCUAUUCAGUCUGAGCAGGACAAGAUCGACGCCAAGAGGAACGAGCAGAUUAGUAGGAAGAAGACGAAAGAGAGCGAAGAUAUCAAGGAACAGCUUAAGGCAAAGGAACAAAUUAAAGAGGCCGAGAAAAAGCGAAAGGAGAAACAGGACGACAUUGAUGCCAAGAAGAGGAUACAGGCCAGAAUUGCCGCCGACAAGGAGGAGCGUCGCCUGAAAACCGAGCGUGAGAAAGCUGAACGUGCUGGUCGCGCACCUCCUCCUAUGCCCGCAGUUACCGGUCCUACGAGUUCUGGUCCCACCACAUCCAAACCAGCUUCAGCAUAUACCGAGACACGAAUCCGCUUCCAGACACCUACAGGCAACGUCAUGAAAACCUUUCCAGUUGACACCACGCUCUUCGAGGUCGCCUCAGCUGUGGCUGAUGAAACUGGCCAAGAUGUCGAAAGUUUUACCCAGACCUUUCCCAAGAAGACAUUCGACAAGGAAUACUUCAAUGAGACAUUGAAGGAUCUGAAGCUGGUCCCGAGCGCAAGCUUGGUUGUCAAGUAG